UUUAAAGGAGAGAAACUCUGACACCGGGUGGGAAGGAUGGAAGAAUAGUCUGAGACAUAAAAUAGGAAACCAAAGAAAGAAGUUGGCUAAAGCUGGCAUCAAAGAUGUAGCUGUAAAUUCUGGGAAGCGCAGCAGAACAAACCCAGAAGGAGCUGCACCAAGGGCCAAUAUUAAAAGACCUAGGAGAGGUGAGGUCAACUUCCUUCCCAGUUAUCCUUCUGGAGAAACAAGGGAGUCUCUGGAGACCAGGAGGGUUGAGAUGGUUGAGGAGUUCCAGAAGACCUCUGGUGAAAGAGCCAUCCCUCUUAUUCAUCAACACAUGAUGCGCACCUUUGCCCUCCGGCGUGAAGAGAUCAUCACAACUUCUCCUCCUGUGUCAGAACUUAAGGAAAGAUGGCCAGCACUCUUUUGUGAGACACAGCUCUACUGUGAAUUUCACCGGAUUACCAAUCAGCAUCUGCCACACGUGUUUUAUGCUGCAUUGGAUGAAUAUGCUCCUAAGCUGAUUGGACUUUACAAAAAGAAGAAAACUGGACGGGUUGGUGAAAAGAUGGACCAGCUUAUGUUGGCAUAUGAGAAACAGGACAAAAACGACAUUCAUGCAACAAGAACAGCAGCCCUGGCUGGCCUACCCAUUUACCUCAAAGAGGAUUCUUCAGGCAUUUUCAAAACAUGCAAGGAUGAAAUGGAGUUCCAUGAAGGUGCAGUUGCUCUGGUUGCUGAUGUGGAUGAAGAAGAGGCGCCUGCUGGAGUUCCUUUCUCACCACGCCAAGUGUUCAUUGUGCUUGAGGAUCAGGUUGUAAUGACUCAUCACUCAUGGACUGAUGCACUGGUGUGUUUGUUUGGGCUAAUCUAUGCUCUACAUCUGAGCUAUCCUGUGAAGUGCAUUAGCUUUUUUGAGUUCAUUCAAGUAGUGUUGCUGAAGCUCAACGAUGAGAGAAAGCAACUUAAACCAAAGUUGCAGACACUGAAAAAUGAGCUGGUGUAGAUGGGGUUUGUUGUUCACAGGUUAGUACAUUCAUGCUUGUCCAGGAAUCAGUGGUGAAUAUCUUCAAGUCAAUAGUUCUAUUUGUUCAGGUGAUAAGCUUUCUAAAGUAGGCAAUAUGCAUAAAACUAAAACUAAGGAAAAAGUUCAAAUGAAUACUUGACAUUUCUGUUGUGAUUCUGAUUUUAAGGCAAACAACUGAGAAGCCACAAGUAUCUGAGUAUUUUUUUUUCCAUGCAGUCUAUAUUUUUUAGCUAAUUUGAUGCAUUCUUAGCAUUUAAUUAUUGAGAUCCUUGUACAUCUUAGCUAUAUUUGUAUUUAC